UCUCUCUCUCUCUCUCCCGCAGGCCUCCUCCAGACCCACGCCCUAUGGACCCACAGGCUGGUUUUUCUGGUUUAUUUCCUCGGGACAAUUUGCAUAUUUCUCCAAAGAAGCUGAACAGCCUGUUUUCAGACUUAAGAGAAAAGAGAAGGCCCACGGUUGUUUUCUGAAAUCUGGGGCCGGAUAUGGCCACAUGGGACAGAUCAAGCCAGAGGCUGCCUCAGGCAGCCGAGCCAGGCGUGGAGGGGGAGCCACAUCUGCCCACAGGCCGAGAACUGGCUGAAGCCAACCGCUUUGCCUACGCCGCCCUCUGUGGCAUCUCCCUGUCCCAGCUAUUUCCAGAACCUGAGCAAAGCCCCUUCUGCACAGGGUUUGUGGCCAGCCUGGUGAAGUGGCUGGAUUUGUCUGAAGCCAUCUUGCCAACUAUGACUGCUUUUGCCAAUGGCCUGGGAGGCGAAGGAGCAGACGUGUUUGCUCAGAUUUUAUUGAAGGACCCCAUCCUGAAGGAUGACCCGUUAGUGAUCAUUCAGGACCUUCUGAGCUUCUCACUCAAGGAUGGUUUGGAAUCCUGGUCUCUUCUGAAAGUACAAGGUCAACCCCAGGCCCGCCACCCUGGCUCCUGUAAUCAGGAGCUGCAGCCAAGAAUGCUGACCUCAGAACCCAUGCUUUUCAUCACCACCCUGCCUUCCCCUUUGCUGUGUGCGUUUGGCUUAGCUUCAGUCCCAUCUGAUGGCACGAACUUCAGUCACGGACACCUAGCAGCUGAGGAUGGAUCUGUUAGAAUGGCUGAGGCAGCCCGGAAGAAGAAAGAAAACCGGAGGAAAUGGAAGCGCUAUCUCCUGAUAGGUUUGGCGACUGUCGGAGGCGGGACGGUGAUUGGUGUGACUGGGGGUCUAGCUGCCCCUCUCGUUGCCGCUGGCGCCGCGACAAUCAUUGGCAGUGCCGGGGCAGCCGCUCUGGGCUCGGUGGCUGGCAUAGCUGUCAUUACCUCACUGUUUGGCGCAGCUGGAGCUGGUCUGACAGGGUACAAGAUGAAGAAGCGCGUCGGAGCCAUCGAAGAGUUCACAUUUCUGCCUCUGACGGAGGGCAGGCAGCUGCACAUCACCAUUGCCAUCACGGGGUGGCUGGCAUCCGGCAAAUACCGCACCUUCAGCGCCCCGUGGGCAGCCCUGGCCCGCAGCCGCGAGCAGUACUGCCUGGCCUGGGAGGCCAAGUACCUGAUGGAGCUCGGCAACGCCCUGGAGACCAUCCUCAGUGGUCUGGCCAGCGCGGUGGCCCAGGAGGCCCUGAAGUACACGGUGUUGUCUGGCAUUGUGGCUGCCCUGACCUGGCCAGCCUCACUCCUUGCUGUCGCCAACGUCAUCGACAACCCCUGGGGGGUGUGUCUCCGUCGAUCAGCAGAGGUUGGCAAGCAUCUGGCCCACAUCCUGCUCUCCCGGCAGCAGGGCCGACGACCCGUCACCUUGAUUGGCUUCAGCCUGGGAGCAAGAGUCAUCUACUUCUGUCUGCAAGAGAUGGCUCAGGAGAAAGAUUGCCAAGGGAUCGUUGAGGAUGUCGUCCUGCUGGGGGCCCCCGUGGAAGGAGAAGCCAAGCACUGGGAGCCUUUCCGGAAGGUGGUGUCUGGGAGGAUCAUCAAUGGCUACUGCAGGGGGGACUGGCUGCUGAGCUUCGUGUACCGCACAUCGUCCGUGCAGCUCCACGUCGCAGGCCUACAGCCUGUGCUGCUGCAGGACAGGAGGAUGGAGAAUGUGGACCUGUCCUCUAUUGUCAGCGGCCACUUGGACUAUGCCAAGCGGAUGGAUGUCAUCCUGAAGGCUGUGGGCAUCCACACCAAGGCAGGCUGGGAUGAAAAGGGGCUCUUGCUGGCCCCAGGCAGCCUGCCCCAAGAGGGGCCUCCCCAGGCGGCAGCCGCCUCCUCAUCAGGCAAGACCACCCUCCAGGACGGGCAAACCCAGAGUCCCACACCCGGAGACACCCCCAGAGGAGCCACGUCCAGUGACCCCAGCCACUCCCGAUAUGAAGGGGCCUCCCUUCCUGCUGCUGCCAGCCCUGCAGAGAGCCCCCAGGUCUGCAGCCAUGGCGUGGGCCCCAACCCCCUGGGCUGCCCUGACUGUGCCAGCAAGACCCAGGGGCCCUGCCCAGGGCUGGACUGACCCCAGCAGCGGGCCCGAGCCAUCUUCCCUGAUUUCUCCAUGCGGCACUCAGUGCCUCCCUCACAUUCCCCACGCAAGUGCUGGUGAAGCAGAGCCUCCACCGGCGCCUGUCUUAAGUUGAAGGCACUGGGACCGGAGGGAGGAGGAACUGUAGGGGACACCUUCCCUCCCUGGGGAGGCAAGGCUUGCGCCUGCAGAGUCAACCAGGCACAGUCCGGAGCCCAGGACUCUACCAGCCAUGGGCUUCCUGUACAUCAGGUCACAACUGUGGGGUUUGCCUGUCCAUCAGGGGGGGCAGGGGACUCUCUGGGUGCUGAGCCUCCUGUACCACCACUCCCCCUGCCUCAGUAAUCUGCCCGCUUUUCCAUCCACACUCCAGGGCUGCCCGCCAACCCACGAGCUCCACAGAUGCUCCUGCAGCAGGCCCAGGUAGGGCACUGGCAGCUUCCUCUCUCUUGCCUUGGGAGAUCUGAUCAGACCUGCCACAUACAGCCACACAGACUGUGACUGAACAGCUACCAGCAUCAUCAAUCCUGUAGACAGGAUUUGACGGGCGCCCCCCACCAAGUUGUGCUCCAUGGCAGCCCUGGAUAUAACAGCUUAGUGAAUAAAUGCUGAGUCAGUGUGCACUGGGGGUGGGAACUGGGCCUGGGACAAGAAUGAAUUAAAUGGAGGAAGGAUUUCCUGUAACAGGAGCAGAGGUGGUGAUGAUUAUAAUAAUAAAUAAUAAUAACUACCAUUAAUUGACCA